CUUUGCCGACAGCCUCGCGUGGCAACCGUUUCCUGUUCUUUUACGAAGAGUCUUCGUCGACGCACGUCGUGUUUGCGGGUGUUUAGCGAGUGAGCUGCCAAAGUUCGAGUUCCAAACAUGGUCCGUAUCAGCGUGCUGGCCGAUGCCCUGAAGUGCAUCCACAAUGCGGAAAAGCGUGGCAAGCGCCAGGUGCUUAUCCGACCGAACUCGAAGGUCGUGGUCAAGUUCCUGACCGUCAUGAUGAAGCAUGGAUACAUCGGCGAGUUUGAGAUUGUGGACGAUCAUCGCAGCGGCAAGGUUGUCGUCAAUCUGACUGGUCGCCUGAACAAGGCCGGUAUCAUCUCGCCCCGUUUUGACGUCAAGCUGGAUGACAUCGAACGGUGGAUGAAUAAUCUGCUACCCUCCCGUCAGUUUGGCUACGUCGUCCUGACUACCAGCGGUGGUAUAAUGGACCACGAGGAAGCCAGACGGAAACAUCUUGGUGGAAAAAUUCUGGGAUAUUUCUUCUAAAUUGCACACCGAGUUGAGAGGCCAACUAAUACGACCAGCGCCUCACAAACAAAAUCUGCGGUGGAGGGAACAGCACAGCGUGCGCGGACCUAAUCGAUAAUCGCAAACGCAACACCCGGUUCAUGCAAACAAAUGUGAACGAAUUUGACGUGUUAUUUACAUAAGUUUUCGUUCGAAAGGUGUCGCCGGUUGAUUUUUUUUCUAUUGGUUUUUUGCUGCAGUUUUUUAAGGUGAAAAAGUAUAUGACUGGAAACGCUGGUUUGAUGAGACCGCAAAUAUAGGAGAAGCGCAAUGUACCUACCGUCAAA